AUGGGAGCUUUCUCAGUUUCAAACGCUUUCCGGCGUAAAAACCAAGGAAUCUCCACUAUGAUCUCUCUUUCCUCAUCGGCCAUCAAAGCGUCUCUGGACCACUCUGUUCCUGCUUCAUUUCCCCCUCUCCGACUACGCUCACCACUUUCUCUUUCCUCCUCUUCUGGAUCUCCGAUUCGGCUUCCCAAGCGCGAUCUCUCCGUCGUCUCUGCUUCUGUAGGAGCCUCGAUGUCAACAAAUAAUAAUCAUUCUCGCGGAUUGUCUUCUCAGGUAGGUGAAUCUUUCUUCAGGAGCGUGUUAGGGCAGAUGGAAACGGUUUACCUAAACCGAAACCCGACGCCUAAAUCCGUCUUGGAACUUGUCAAAUCCGUUGACAACGAACAGCUUUGCUAUGAUCAUCUCGCUUUCAGGACUUUCGGGAUUGGUGGUUAUGGGAUUGAUUCGCUUGCAAGCUUUUUCCUAGACCAUGGAUAUACUCAAAUGGAUGAGCUGAGAUUUCCGGCCAAAAAGCUGAGAGCUUUGUGGUUUGCUCCUCCUAAAGUUUCUGCUAUUCCUGAUGGAAGCGGCGUUAACGGUCCUUUGCCAAGAGUUUUUAUAUCAGAGCUCCUUGUGGAACAGAUGACUUCACAGACUCAGGAUGUGAUCAGAAAAUACACACAAGCAGCACCGAAUGGGAAAAAGUAUGGUGCUCUUUCUAGUGCUUUAGGUACUUUGCCCUGGGAAAAGCCUCUUUCUUCUGAGUUUGAGCAAUUGGCUAGGGAAAGUGAAUACGCAGCAUGGACUCUUGCUAAUGGCUAUGCACUUAACCACGUCACCAUUUCUGUUCACCGGCUUAAAUCUCAUCUAAACAGAAUUAAGAAGCUCAAUCAGUUUCUAGAAGAGAAAGGUUUUAAAUUGAACUCAGAAGGAGGAGUGCUUAAAGUUAGCCCUGAUGGUGGUUUGUUACAAAGCUCAACUGUAGCAGAUUCAAUUUCUUUCAAGUUCUCUGAUGGUGUCAUCAAAUCUAUCCCUUGUUCAUACAUUGAGUUUGCUGAACGCCUUGUGCUUCCCCAGUUCCAAAAUGUACCCGAAGGCGAGAUAGAAGAGUAUCAUCGACGAGAUGGAUUUGAGGUUGGAAAUGCUGACAAGAUCUUCGAGAGCACAAAUCAGGAGCAGCUUUCCCGUCGAACCGGCUGA